AUGGCUCUAGGAACUAAUUUCAAGCCUCAAAUAGCUACAUUAUUGGAUCAAAAUGGUGAAAGAAUUAUUGGGGAUUUAAAUCACAAUAUUAGAAAACCUCCAAAAGAUCAUUCAAUUAUUCGCCAUUGCAGCAGUAACGUAUGGUUGGCUAAAUCGGAAUUAGACAUUGGGAUUGAAGACUUGAAAGCAAAUGCAGAAGAGAAAUCAAAGUUUUCACCAACAUUGCGAUUUGGAAGUUGUUCUGAGAAAGGACCAAAGCAGUUCAUGGAAGAUGAGUUUAUUUGUGUUGAUAUCAUUCACGAAUAUUCGAGUACUGCCACCAUGCCUUCUCCAGCAGGAUUUUAUGGGGUAUUUGAUGGGCAUGGAGGAAUUGAUGCGGCAUCAUUUACCAAAAUAAACAUUCUUAAGCUAAUAGUUGAAGAUUCACAUUUUCCAUCCAACAUUAAGAAAGCUAUUAAGAGUGCAUUUGUGAAAGUGGAUCAUGCAUUUGCAGAUGCUACUUCACUUGAUAGUUCUUCAGGCACCACAGCAAUUGUUGCCCUUAUUUUGGAAAGGGACUUGAUAGUUGCCAAUGUGGGGGAUUCUCGUGCCGUAAUGGGAAAAAGAGGUAAAGCCAUAGAACUUUCCAAAGAUCAUAAGCCAAACAGCACUUCUGAAAGAUUAAGAAUUGAGAAACUAGGUGGUGUGAUCUAUGAUGGAUACCUCAAUGGACAACUAUCAGUGGCACGUGCUCUUGGGGAUUGGCACAUCAAAGGUUACAAAGGUAAUUCAAUGUGCCCAUUAAGCUCAGAGCCAGAAUUAGAAGAGGUUGUAUUAACAGAAGAAGAUGAGUUCUUAAUAAUGGGGUGUGAUGGAUUAUGGGAUGUGAUGAGUAGCCAAUAUGCUGUGACAAUGGUGAGAAAGGAGCUGAUGAAACACAAUGAUCCAAUGGAAUGUGCAAGAGCUCUUGUUUCUGAAGCACUUCAACGCAAUGCAUGUGACAAUCUCACUGUUUUGGUCAUUUGUUUCUCCAUGGAUCCACCUCCUAAGAUUGAAAUCAUCUCUAGGUUACAUAAGAGGAGGAGUAUUUCUGCUGAAGCCAUUGAUGUUCUCAAGGGUUUGAUUAAUGCCACAAGUUAA